AUGAGGUUAUGCGCUUCACGUCAAUGUGCGACGGUUGUGUUUUGGGUGAGUUUUGUAAUUCUUCCUACAGCGAACUGUUAUAAAGGUGUGGUAAAACACGAGAAAUGGAUUGAAUGGUUAGAAUCUCCACAGCCCAUUAACAAUGGGUACUGGCUAGACUACAAAAACAAGCCAGCAUGGUACUUCAGAGGACUCGGUGAGAGCCUGGUGGAACUCUUUAGCAAGAUUGAAACCACGCAUCCUCUUCAGACUACGGUCGAACAAAUCAAUAAAGCACUCUUGAACAAUGGGCCAAAGGGUCUAGCAACUUUAACCAUUGAAAUAAUCGACGGGAUGAGAGCGGUUCGAAGGGUAAAGGAAGGUUUCGACGAGGCGGAUAUUCAAGAUAACGAGGCAAAUGAAUUUGUCACAGAGGGGGAGUCCGUAAGGAUGUUAACUGGACAGAGUUUGGCAUCAGAUUUGAUGGGAAACUAUGCUAUACCGAUGGAGCGUGCUUAUCUUGCGGCACAAGAGCAGCUAGAUCUGGCUCUGGAUUCUGAAAUUGGAUUUCUUGGGGAUACUCAGCGCAGCUUCAAUUCGGCUUCCGACGUGCUCGACGAUAGUGUUCUUGAAAAAGAGUUGCUCGAUAAGAUAGAAGGUAGCCGCGAACCGAUGCUCCGCAAGUUCGAAGUAUUAAUGGACCAAAUCAUCAAUUCUCCAGUCGAACUUAAGAUAGACAUAUGGGAGACGAGAACUGGGGGACUUUUCAAGACUGAGGUUUUCGUGGCUAUUAUAAAUCUAUACAAAGCAGUCUCCGGGAAGGUUCCAUUGAGGGAUCCAGAAGCGCUAUCGUAUUGGCUCUAUAAUGCCACCUCUUUGAGCACAGAUUUCAUAGGCGACCGGGUUGUAAGAUAUAACACACAAUCUAAGGAAGAUAUCAGAAUCGCGUUUGAGGCGAUUGUGAGAGUGCUCGACUCGGUGGGUCACCGCCUCGGAGGGUGGUUGGGAAAUUUGGAAAAGGCAUUAGUGAAGAAGGAAAAUAUUCAACUUGUGAGGAAGCCGGUAGUUGAUCUUCAGCUCCUUGUAUGGGCUUACAGGGUCAACUUCGGCCAACUAUACAAGGUCGUUGAUGAGGGAAUCAAACUUCCUUCUAGUUUUUUUAAAAACCGUUAA